AUGCGUCCCACCACCUUCCUCCUAGUGGCCAUGACCUGCUUUGAAGCCACCGAGGCCUUUACGUGUGCUCCCGGCACGCAAGGGUCGUGUACUUUCCGCAAACGACCCUGCGAGGACACGGCCCGCUGCGCCAUACACUGCGACUCCGGCGGCAACUGCAAGUGCCCCAGCACCUACCCAGGCAACAACAAAAACUGGACGCACAGCGUCACGUAG